AUGGAUAUUAAUUAUAUAACUAUUGAACAACCUAUUUCAUAUGAAGAAGAACGUGAUAAUAAAGAACGGAACUACUAUCUAGAUCCGUUUGUAAAGGAUAAGGGGGAGCGAAAACCUAAAGGAAAGCAGGAGGAGAUCGAGAAAGAGAAAGAAAAAGUGAAUCAAGAGGGACAAAUAGAGGGGAAGGAUAAAGAAAAAGAAAAGAUAGUCAAAGAAGAUAUAUUAUUUUCAUUGGAUAAUAUAGGUGAUAGUGAGUUGAAAAAUAAAGACAAGAAAAAGAAGAAGAAGAAGAAGAAGAAAGGAUGUGUUGAAAUCGAUGGUAUAAAUACAGAAAUGUUUUGUGAUCAAACAAUGUGUAGUAGUGAUAGUGAUAGUGAAAUGGAGAGAGAGGUGGAAGUUGAGGGGGGAAUAGAAGAUCAUGAUAGUACGAAGCAUGAUGUUGCGAAAUCUAGAUUAUCUAUCAAUAAACUUACGGAAUUAUUAAAUUUGAAAAAUAAAGAGGAGACUAUUUUAAUUGAAAAAAAAUUGAUUUGUAUAUUACGAGAAGAGUUGAAAUUCCCGAUUGGAGAAAAAACAUGGAUCAAAGAUACAUCAAAAGAAUAUCGUACAGAAUUGAUCCAUCAAUUAUAUGAGCGUGUUACUGAUGAAUAUCCUAAUUUAAGUAUUGAAUUGAUUGAUACGAUAAUCCGAAGGGCCGGAUAUUCGAUGAUGCAAACUCGAUUGAGAAGAGAGCGACGGGCACGUGCAAGAGCGAAAGCUCAGGGCCAAUUGCCAUUGGAUUAG